AAAGCUUAUUGAUGUUUGCGUCACCAGUUCUAUGGUAAUUUAGAAAUUAACUGUCCAGUCAGACAAGUUCUCUUACAUAGCUCACAAUUUGUGAACGAUACCCAAAAUUGACUUCAGAAAGAUCUCUACUGCUGUCAUUUUAAACCUACUUCCCCCCUUUAAGAUGAUAUACACUAUCAUUGAAUGACAAGGUUCAAAGGUCAUUCUGAAUGACAGGGUCAAAGGUGAAUGGAGGUGAUUAAUUCAACUGUGAAUGGAGCUGUCAAGUAGAGAGGAAUAUGAUCGUCUCAUAGCAACCCAAACAUCCGACCCAGAAGAAAUGGAGAGCUCAGAUUAUCAGUAUAGCAUAUUGAAGGAGCCGGGCGAGAACAUGGACGCCGCGGAUAAAACCGUUAACUGUAAGUCAGAAGAGAAGAUUAGUGUGAACAAAACAGGCAAACUGACGUCCUCAUCUUUUGUGUGGAUAUUGGCAUUCUUUUCGGCCAUUGGUGGAUUUUUAUUUGGAUAUGAUACUGGCGUUAUUUCCGGUGCCAUGUUGUUAUUGAGAAAGCGUUUUGAAUUAUCGUCGUUAUGGCAGGAGAUUAUUGUGAGCAUAGCGAUAGCUGGAGCCUUUAUUGGUGCUCUUUUCGGUGGAUUUUUAAAUGAUAAAUUUGGGCGUAAAGCUACCACAGUUUUAGCGAGUUUAGUAUUUGCGGUGGGUGCAGUUAUUCUUGGAGCCGCUCAGAAUGUGGAGAUGUUGGUAUCUGGUCGGGCUGUUCUAGGACUAGGAAUAGGGUUGGCUUCUAUGACAGUACCAGUGUAUAUAGCAGAGUGUGCCCCAUGUCAUAUCCGAGGUAAAAUGGUGACGUUAAAUGUAUUGUUUAUAACAGGAGGUCAGUUUAUAGCCAGCGUUAUAGAUGGUGCCUUUAGUUAUAUGGACGAUGGGUGGAGGUAUAUGUUAGGACUUGCCGCGAUCCCGGCAUUGAUACAGUGUAUAGGUUUUAUAUUUUUACCUGAGAGCCCUCGAUGGUUGGUCAGCAAAAAUAAAGAAGUGGAUGCCCGUGACGUUUUAAUAGCCAUCCGCAAUACGAGAAAUAUUGACCAAGAAUUAGACGAUAUUAAAACUAUCUGUGAAGAAGAACGGAGGGCCAAGGCAAUUUCUGGGGGAGGUCUGACAAUUAUUAGAAUGUUAAAAAAUUCCAAUAUGAGGAAAGCAUUAGUGGUUGGGUGUGGUCUUCAGCUCUUCCAACAACUAAGUGGUAUCAAUACGGUCAUGUAUUACAGUGCAUCUAUAAUUAAAAUGGCGGGCAUAUCAAAUGAACACGAGGCUAUCUGGUUGUCAGCGGUUACAUCUAGUAUAAAUUUUAUCUUUACGUUAGUGGGUGUUUGGGCUGUGGAUAGAUUUGGUAGAAGACCACUCAUUCUUACAAGUUUGUUAGGGGUUAUAAUCAGCUGUAUUGUAUUAGCUGUUGGAUUUCAACUAGCAGCCAUUAAUUCACCACAUGUCAGUCAAUAUGAAAUGAUUGGAGAUAACUCUUCAUGCACUCGAUACAGUUAUUGUGAGAACUGUAUAGAAGAUACAAGUUGUGGUUUUUGUUUUACGGAAUCUGGUGAAGGACGUACAAACGGAUCCUGUUUAUCAACAAGAUCAACAGAUAACACACAUUCCAUCUACGGGCGAUGUAAUAACACAGAUUUACCCGGUGAUUUGGUCUGGGCGUAUGAAUACUGUCCUACAUCUUACUCGUGGAUCAUACUUCUAGGUCUAGUGUUAUAUUUGAUGUGUUUUGCCCCAGGUAUGGGACCAAUGCCAUGGACGUAUAAUUCUGAAAUAUAUCCAUUAUGGGCACGAAGUACAGGCAAUUCUUUUUCGUCCGCAACGAACUGGCUCAGUAAUUUACUAGUUUCCAUGACAUUCCUAACAUUAACAGAAACACUAACCAAAUAUGGUACAUAUUGGUUAUUUGUUGGUAUUUGUUUAGUGGCUCUGGUCUUCUUUACCUGUGUUUUACCUGAAACUAAGGGGAGACAACUAGAAGAUGUGGAAACAUUGUUUCAAGAACCUUGGUGUAAAUGUUGUUCAAAUAAAAGUCGUGUGGAUUACGUGGCAAGAUAACAAACAAUAUUCGUGAUUCGGUAACCGAAAACAACAUGCUCAAAUAUACAUAAUACAAUUAUACAUAAUGCAAAUAUACACAAAUGCAAUUAUACAUAAUGCAAAUAUACAUAAAUGCAAUUAUACAUCCAAUAACACACUAUUUAUGGACAACGAUUACUAUGGUUUAUUUCACUGCGACGUUUCAACAAGAUUUCACAAAUCGUUAUAUGC